AGUCAGUUGCUUGCCGAUCGUGAAGCAAGUACGAGGGUUUUAUUAUGUCGGAGGUUUUCAAACUGGGUGAUCUAGUAUGGGCGAAGAUGAAGGGAUUUUCUCCUUGGCCUGGUCGGGUGUCUAAUCCUUCAAAGGACUUAAAGAAACCAACAAAUACUAAGAAGGGACCAGUUCAAUGUAUUUUCUUCUUUGGAACAAAUAAUUACGCAUGGAUAGAGGAGUCCAAUCUAAAGCCAUAUCUAGAGUACAAAGAUACCCUUGUAAAAUCUAGUAAAUCUGGUGCAUUUAAAGAUGCGGUAGAAGCAAUAGAGGAAUUUAUUGCUAACGGAGAGGUAUUUGAAGAUGGCUUAGACCCAGAUUCCUUAUUCGACAGACUUAAAGAAGUAGGUUUAUCAGAGAAGAAGAAUAUAGUGAAAACAUCCAAGCCUCGUAAGGAAACACUAAAAACUAAAAGAUUGGACACCAAUGGGAGCAAUGUUCGUCGUCCAGCCAAAAAGCUACGUGGGGAAUCAAGUACAAGUAACAAUUAUAGGGUUGGCAGUGUUAGUCCUCCGGUACACCAUUCUACUCCUUUCAGAAAAUCAGGGUCGACGCUCCUGAAUAGGCCCGCAAAUAUUGCUAGACCUGUAACACCUCCAUUAGACGUGGAAACAUUAUCGCAAACUCUUAAAGAGAAAAACAUCCUUCCGUCGACCUUGAAAUUUGGGUUCCUUGGUUUGGGUAUCAUGGGUAGCGGCAUCGUAAAAAAUCUGAUCAACAGCGGACACAGCGUAAUUGUGUGGAAUCGAACACAAGAAAAGUGUGCAGAUUUUGUAAAAGCAGGAGCAGAAGAGGGUUUAACGCCAUCCGAUGUUGUGCUCGCUGCUGACAUUACGUUCUCUUGUGUGGCUGAUCCACAAGCUGCCAAAGACAUGGUCUUUGGAAAUUGCGGAGUUCUUACGGAAAUAUCUCCAGAGAAAGGUUACGUGGAGAUGACCGGUAUAGACGCGGAAACGUCGCAGGACAUCGCCGAGGCAAUAACCGCAAAGGGAGGUCGUUAUUUGGAGGCUCAGGUACAAGGCAGCAAAACAGAGGCGCAAGAGGGUACUCUAGUGAUCCUCGCGGCUGGCGAUCGUGCCCUAUUCGACGAGUGUCAGUCUUGUUUCGAGGCGAUGGGCAAAAACAGUUUUUAUCUCGGCGGGGUCGGCAAUGCUUCCAAAAUGAACCUCGUGCUUCAGCUAAUGGCGGGUGUGACUCUUGCUGGUUUAGCCGAGAGCAUGGCACUAGCAGAUCGUGCCGGUAUUCGGCAGAAAGACGUACUAGAAGUUUUGGAGUUGACAUCGUUGGCUUGUCCCGCGAUUCUUGACAAAGGGAAAGCCAUUAUCGAGGGUGGGUUUCCAACGCAGUUACCACUGCAACACAUGCAAAAAGACUUGAGACUCUCUUUAGGUAUGAGCGAUCAAUUGGAGCAACCGUUACCAUUAGCUGCAGCAGCGAACGAAGUUUACAAGCACGCUAAACGUCUUGGUUACGGCGAACACGAUUCCUCCGCUGUUUACAUCAGAGCCAGAUUCUAACGGAGCAUGCAUCGUCGAGCUUUCGCUAUACCAUAUUUAUUGCAAUAUCUAGCGUUUCCUGUCGCAACCAGAGAAAAGUAGUGCGCUGUUUGUCGAGGAAAUAGUGGAACUAUCGAUUGCUAAAAGGUAGCUCUGCGACACUUGUUAAUACAUCGUGAAUUUGUCGAGGUGUAAAAUAAGUUCUGUUAUUGCUGUAGCUGGAACCAAAUUCGAUAUAUUUGAAUGCAUAUACAGUGAAUUUUAUGUACAGGUUCUUGUCGCUCGGUUUAACCAAUACAAUUGUGCGUAUGAAAUAUCAAUAUACUUGUACGUUUUUUUUUGUUUUUUUUACACAUUUUUUAUCAAGAUGUCUCUUUUUGCGCAUAUAUGACUUUUCGUUUUCUAUUAAUACACGGCAACUACUUUUCUCGAUCACAGCAUACGUCAUGAUAUAGUCGAUUUCUCGAGUCACUCGAUUCGUACUCGUUCAAUUACCGAUUUUAGACCGUUGAUAUCUUUUUAUGAUAAAUAUUAUGGGAUAAAUAUAUGGAUUGUAUAACGAUGCUUUCGAUUGAUAUGAACCUCUUCAAACAAUAGUUCCCUAUUAUAAAAUGAAAGUACCAGCACUUUUAAAAGUGAUUAUUUUCAAAUGACCUGGUAUAUUAUAAACGAUUCGAUAUAUUCCAUUUAUAUAGUUUUAUCGCAUUUUUUUUAUUGUAUCGAAUUGUUAUCUUGCGAAAAAGUUGAUGUCAAGCGAAAGUUUGAUUUACACGGUAUAUAUAUUUGUCGAUAAACAACCCUAUAAUAUUUUAUUUUAAAGAUAUAUUAUACAAGUUUGAGGUAUGCAGUUGACGGUAAAUAUUUUUCUAGAGAUAAUUCAAGAUUGACUGAACGGUUCAGCGGAAGCGAUACCGGUGGACGAGGCUUAAUUUUAAUGAUGAAUUAAUGUACGUAUUUCAAAAUUGUUCAUCGAAUUCUUUAUCGAUACGAAGGGAAACUUGUAUCGCUCGCUCGUUCAUACAGACUCUUGGGUGCGUGAAAAAUCACGUGCCUUACAUUUGUAACAAUGGCUAUAUGCCCAUAUCAUAUAUUGUAUAUGUAAUUAGAUUAUGGAUAGUGGUUCAAUAUUUGUAGCAGUAUUUCGUAUUUUCUAUUUCCGUAGUUCCCGUUUCAUCUCAAAUCAAUCGUAACUCACCAUAACGUGAAACUGGAGCUACGAAAAUAGAAAAUAUUGAAUAUUCUAUAGCAAACAUAAAGAAAAAGAAAAAAAAUAUAUAUAUAUAUAUAUAUACACACACACAUAUACAUAUAUAUAUAUACAUAUAGUUAGUAAAGUGUAUAAAUCAUAGAGAGGGAGAAAUAAUGCGUGAGUGCGAUUGGGUGGGUGAGUGAAAAUACGUAAUGAGCAUUACGUCGGUAACUGACGUUACAUGUUUUGUCACGAAAUACACUGGUUUUUGAAUAAAUAUCUAUUUGAAUUAC